AUGAUGACGAUGUCCAACAAACCUUUCAAGCUCUCGGCAACUCUCACCGGACAUUCUCAAGAUGUCAAAUCGGUCAAGUUCGUCCAGAAAGAUUCGAUUUUCUCCUGUGCGCGAGACACGACGGCCCGAGUUUGGAAGAGAACAGAUGGUCAAUGGACCGAGCAGAUGGUAUACCAGAACUCUAACCCUGGAUUUUUGAAUGCAAUCGCAGCAAUCACUAUCAAGGACAAAGAGUAUAUCAUUAGUGCUGGGCAAGAUGCCUUGGUUCAACUCUGGCCACUUCAGCCCACAUCUGAUCAAACUUACGGACCCGAAUUUAUUCUCGCUGGACACACCUCGAACGUAUGCUGUCUGGACGUAUACAAAGCUGGCCCGGGGGAUGAACCUACGAUAUGUAGCGGAAGCUGGGACUGCUCAGCGAUCAUCUGGCGUAAUAACGUCGCGGUUUAUAACCUACAGGGACACUCUGCAGCCGUCUGGGCUGUUCUCGGUUUGAGCGAUUCGGAUGACGGCGUCCUCACUGCUGGGGCGGAUAACUUAGUAAUGUUAUGGAAAAAAGGCAAACAGACGCUCACAUUCAAAGGCCACACUCAAGCCGUUCGCGCACUGGCCAAACUACCCCAAAGCCCUCAGCUGUUUGCAUCCGCUGGAAAUGAUGCCACGAUUCGCGUGUGGAAUCUGGACGGCCAAGCAGUCCGGGUGAUGGACGGACACGACUCAUUUAUCUACUCAUUGAGUUCGAUGCCCUCUGGAGAAAUCAUAUCAUCAGGCGAAGACCGAACGGUAAGGAUAUGGGAUCCAAGCUCAGGUCAACUCACCCAAACCGUGACCGUCCCGGCCAUCAGCGUUUGGACAGUCUCGGCCUGUCCAGAAAACGGAGAUAUUGUUUGCGGCUCUUCGGACAACCUGAUCAGGGUUUUUACCCGUGCCGACGAACGCCUAGCUUCAUCCUCCGAGCUUUCGCUAUUUGAAGAAUCCGUCAAAGCUAGUUCAGUUCCGAGCGCCACUGUUGGUGACGUCAAAAAGUCAGACCUACCGAGUGUAGCAGUUCUGCUAUCUCGUCAGGGAAAGAAAGAAGGCGAAGUGGCAAUGGCAAAGAACGAAACCAACGGCGCCGUGGAGGCCUAUCAAUGGGAUGGAAUGAAGGGUGAUUGGACAAUGGUCGGCACGGUUGUCGAUGGUAUCGGCUCAGCAAGAAAACAACUCUUUGAAGGAAAGGAAUAUGAUUACGUCUUUGAUGUCGAUAUCAAGGACGGCGCGCCCCCUCUCAAACUCCCUUACAACGCAUCCGAUAAUCCGUAUACUGUCGCUCAAAAAUGGCUGGCAAAGCACGAGCUACCCGACACCUAUGUUGACCAAGUCGUUGAUUUUAUCGAUAAGAACACAUCUGGUGUAGCCCUAGGGGGGCCAACUGCGGGCGCGGAUCCUUUCACUGGUGCAGCCAGCUACCGCCCUACUAAAUCAGAAAAUCAAAGUCAGGCAAAUGUUGGAGCCGAUCCCUUCACCGGUGCUGGCAGUUAUCGCCCCAAUGGUGCCGCAGCCACAUCUGCUGGAGCUCAGCCGAAUGAAAUCAAGUCACCAGCUUCUUUACUCCCCCAUAAAUCAUUUCUCAGCUUUCCCCCGACCAAUUCCAACUUUUCAGUGGUAACAGGAAAAAUUAAAGAAUUCAAUUCGCAGCUAGAUGGGAAAGAACUUACUCCAGCCGAUCUUGAGGCUCUGGAUAGCUUGACCUCAUACCUCUCCAAAGCCUCGGGUGCGCCUCCUGAGUCGGGAAUCAAAGUCUUGGAAAAGAUGAUGGUGGAUUGGCCUCCUGCGAAACAAUUCCCAGCCAUCGAUAUCGUCAGGGCGAUGUCGAUUUCUGUCCUACCAUCCCAGCUUCUUCCUUGCCUUCUUUCCAAACUUCGGGGACUCCGCGAUCAACCGGGAGCCGAACUCAAUUUCACUUUAGCCGUCCGCGCAUUAAACAAUGGCUUGACAUCUUGCCCAAUCACAACCAGUCACUCAGCGUCGUUGGUGAAUAAACCAGAUCUGGCCAAGCAGAUAUGUGAUCUCCUGUGCGCUGAAAGUUCACCGAAGCUCAACAUGACGAGCAAGAAUGCAAAAGUGGCCUUUGCCACCUUGCUUUUGAACCUGUCGAUUUUGUGUGUUGAUGGUGUUAUUGGCGCUGGUGCUGUUGCCCACCUGCUGGCUUUAAGUAGAAAAUUUGUGAGUACAGAAUCAGAGGAAGAAGCAGUCUAUCGAAGUCUGAUUGGGUUGGGCAAUAUGAUCUUUUCUCAGAGGGCCUCGGGGCUAUUGACGGACGAAGAUAAGACCAAGGUUGCUGCUGCUCUCCUGUCUUCCGUUGAAGGCGGCCAAACCGGCCCCAAUCGUUUAUCUGAUGCAAUCAAAGAAAUCGACACGCUCAUCAAAUAG